UUCAGGCUGCUUGUUGAACAAUUGUUUUUGUCUUUUCCUCAAGGCACGGUUGAUCUCACUCUAUUUUGACACAAAAAGAUACCAGGAGGCCUUGUCAUUAGGCUCACAGUUACUUCAGGAGCUGAAAAAGAUGGAUGACAAAGCUCUUCUCGUCGAGGUUCAACUGCUGGAAAGUAAGACGUACCACGCGCUCAGCAACCUGCCCAAGGCCCGUGCCGCUCUGACCUCAGCCAGAACCACCGCCAACGCUAUUUACUGUCCUCCAAAGCUCCAAGCAGCACUGGACAUGCAGUCAGGGAUCAUUCAUGCAGCCGAGGAGAAGGACUGGAAGACUGCCUACUCCUAUUUCUUUGAGGCCUUCGAGGGCUAUGACUCCAUCGACAGCCCCAGAGCCAUCACAGCACUCAAAUACAUGCUUCUCUGCAAAAUUGUGCUGAACUUACCUGAGGAAGUCCAGUCUCUGAUCAGUGGUAAACUGACUUUGCGAUAUGCCGGCCGCCAGACAGAAGCACUGAAAUGUGUUGCCCAAGCCUGCAAGAAUAGAUCAUUGGCAGACUUUGAAAAGGCCCUAACAGAGUACACAGCAGAACUGCGAGACGACCCAAUUAUCAACACCCACCUGGCCAAACUGUACGACAGCCUGCUGGAACAAAACCUCAUCAGAGUCAUUGAACCGUUCUCCAGAGUACAAAUGGAACACAUAUCAGGGAUAAUCAAGUUGUCAAAGGGAAAUGUUGAGAGGAAGUUAUCACAGAUGAUUCUUGAUCAAAAGUUUCAUGGAAUCCUUGACCAAGGCGAAGGUGUGUUGAUCAUAUUUGAUGAGCCUCCAGUGGACAAAACAUAUGAAGCAGCUUUGGAAACGAUUCAGAACAUGAGCAAAGUUGUGGAUUCACUUUACAACAAAGCCAAAAAGCUAACAUAGAGCAAAUACCCUCAGCAGUGUGAUGGAAGAUGUGUGUGUGUGUGUGUGUGUGUUUGAACGGUGUGUCAUUUUAAAAAGGGGACAGGGGAGAUCAACAAGUCCUACAAACAGGAUUCACCCGCUUCCCUCUCAAUGGACAGUUUCUUCACUCCCACUCCUUUAAUUUUAGACCUAUUUUCAGGAUUGUGUGCAACACUCAGCGGCCAUGUCAGGCCAUCAGGGAAAACUGUGCAACUACAAUAACAAGGAAAAACUGAUCAGAUUUAAGAAUAAAUGUUUAUCUGCUAUGAGUUUGGGCUUCCAAAGCCUGAAACGGACUCCACUGCAACCUCAAAGGUGCAACAUCGUCCUCCGGGGCCUCAUAAAUGAAGCUCAUGUUUUACUCGUCAUGUCUUUCAGAAGCACACUGGCCAGUCAGCUCCCGCUUUUCUUUUUUAGGAAUAUGUAUCUUGGUUUGUGUGUGCCCUCUAUCUCUUUUUUUUUUUUUUUUCCUCGCACAAAUAAAUGCCAACAGUUAAUUUCCCCACUGUAUUUCAGAUAUGUAUUGAACUCUGAUUUUUGUUUUUGUUUUAGAAGCAAGUCAGAUUGGUUGCUGCAUCUGAACCCCCCCCAACCUACUUAUGUAAGAAUAACAGAAGUGAUGCCAUUUCACCAACAGUGCCACAUUUUCUUGGCACUUGUGUUUGCCUCAAUUUGGGUGCAAUAUAAAACAGGGAUGCAGAAGCAGAAAUGUAUUCAUUGCUUCUGUAAAUUAUCCCCAAGUGAAAAAUUAAUCAUUGUUAGUUUCUAGUACUAGUGUGGUAUGCUAGUAACCAAACGAUUUAUAUGGGUUUGACAAUUUUUUUUUUCGUCUUUUCUUAUAAAUGCAAUUUCGAAAUAAAUAUUUUCUAUUUUAAA